AUGGAGAAACGAGCUAGCGCUAAACUAAGAAACGAGACGAGAGGCGUGUCUGUUGCGGCUAGCACAAAGAGUUGCCCACUCGACAGGUCUAGUGGUGGGGAGAUUGGUCCUGCGGGACCCGAUCUUGACCCCCACCUCGCUGAGGCCCAAUUCCCCCUCCAGGCGCUCGGCAGCGUGGUCCAGCCACGAGAUCUCCGAGCUGCUCAAGACGUCGUCAGUUUACGCAACGACUCGAUCGACUUAAGACGUCGCUCGAGCACCCUCUUGUUCAGUCUCAGUAUCAGUGUCAUCAGUGACGUCUGUGAAACAAUUUUUAUUAAAAAAAAAAACAUGACGAGCUACGCGUGUUUCCAACAGUACGAUCUCCUAGACUCAGAAGGUUACGGCUCGGCGAGCAGCCCCGAGUCGAACCCAAGGUCUUACAGGCCCCCUCAGGCCCCGGAAUGCUACCCCCAACCCCCUCGGUCAAGGGGCAGCAGCUGUGACAGCUUAAGUUCCGUUGAUAGUCAGAAUCAUCAAGAAUAUUUUCCGAAUUUGGGUGGCGGGUUCAACUUUACUGAGUUUUACGAAGGGUACAAUCGCGAGGCCGCUAAGUGUGACCAAAUUUAUGACCCCUUCAAGCCUUUGCCCUCCAAAGAGAGCCAACACAAGCUUAAUUACAAUUGCCGGACGGAGUUCAACUGCUCUGUUGAUGAGAAUUAUGAUUUAGGCUACCUAGAGGUGAAAUCUCACCCCGUUCUCCAGCAGAAAGUUAACAAUGGAAAUUUAAAUGUUAAUUUGAACGGAAAUGGAAAUGUUAAUGGCAGCGAGUUCUUUUCUAAGAAUUUGUACAACCAAACUUUGAACCAGGAGCAAAAUUUAAACUAUCAAUUGGAAAACUACCAGGGGAAAAAUGACCUCGAGCAGAGCAGAAUUAAGUGUCAGGUUCAGAGGUAUCGGAGGGACAGUGAAGCUUCCUUGAGCCCCUCGCCAUACCCGGGUCAGAAAAUUAAGGAAACUCUGCAGAAGAUGAAGAAUUCAGCGCCUGGGAUUGAGGUGAUGAGGAAAAGAAGACUUGCUGCUAAUGCUAGAGAGAGGAGGAGGAUGAACAGUUUAAAUGAUGCUUUUGAUAAACUGAGGGAUGUCGUGCCUAGUUUGGGGAACGAUAGGAAGCUCAGCAAGUUUGAAACUCUUCAAAUGGCUCAGACUUACAUUUCUGCGCUGUAUGAACUUCUUCAGCGCGACUGA